GAAGCCCCUCUUCCUUCCGCUCCCGCUCGCUCGCGCUCCUGCCGCCGCCGCCGCCGCCGCCGCCGCCAUCUUGUCUCCCCCCGCGGCGGGCUGAGAGAGGCCCCCCCUCCCCCAGGAGCGGACCCGGGAGAGACCCGCCCGCUCCCCUCCCCCCCCCGUCCUCGUCGCCGCCUCCCGCGCGGCCCGGCGAGGAACGGGGCAAUGCUAUAACCGGAUGCCUGGGUCCUCGGAACCGCCUCUGUUCUGCCCCCCUUGUGCCGGAUGGAAUCUGGCCGCUGACGGCGCGGGAGCACCCCUGCCAUACCGUCCGAGCACCGGGUGGCCAGCCUCGCCCCCCUCCCUCCCCCCCUCCCUCCCCUCCUGGAAUGCUGUAUGUGCCUUGCUCUGCCUCUCGCAGGACAGCGCCCGGUGGCAUUGGGGCCACCCACUGAAGCAGGCACGCUCAAGAGGUUGUGACCGUCACCCUGGGACAGCAUGUCGGGCCCCGUCCCGAGUCGAGCGAGGGUCUACACGGAGGUCAACACCCAGAGGCCCCGCGAAUACUGGGACUACGAGUCACACGUGGUGGAAUGGGGCAACCAGGACGACUACCAGCUGGUGCGGAAACUCGGUCGUGGCAAAUACAGCGAAGUCUUUGAAGCCAUCAACAUCACCAACAACGAGAAAGUGGUGGUGAAGAUCCUGAAGGUUAAAAAGAAGAAAAUAAAGCGUGAAAUUAAGAUCCUGGAAAACCUCCGAGGGGGCCCGAACAUCAUCAACCUUCUAGACAUCGUCAAGGACCCCGUGUCUCGGACCCCCGCCCUGGUUUUUGAACACGUCAACAACACAGAUUUUAAGCAAUUGUACCAGACGCUCUCAGAUUUUGAUAUCCGAUUCUACAUGUACGAAAUCUUGAAGGCGCUGGAUUAUUGCCACAGCAUGGGGGUCAUGCACCGGGACGUCAAGCCACACAACGUGAUGAUCGACCACGAGCACCGGAAGCUGCGCCUGAUCGACUGGGGACUGGCAGAAUUCUACCACCCGGGACAGGAGUACAACGUCAGGGUGGCUUCCCGCUACUUCAAGGGGCCGGAGCUUUGGGAUUACCAGAUGUACGACUACAGCCUGGACAUGUGGAGCCUGGGCUGCAUGCUGGCCAGCAUGGUCUUCCGUAAGGAGCCUUUCUUUCACGGGCACGACAACUACGACCAGCUGGUGCGGAUUGCCAAGGUCUUGGGCACCGAGGACCUCUACGACUACAUCGACAAGUACAACGUGGAACUGGACCCCCGCUUCAACGACAUCCUGGGCAGGUGGGCAUUCCCCAAGCGAUGGGAGCGCUUCGUGCACAGUGAGAACCAGCACUUGGUCAGCACCGAGGCCCUGGACUUCCUGGACAAACUCCUGCGCUACGACCACCAGACGCGGCUGACGGCCCGCGAGGCCAUGGAGCACCCCUACUUCUAUCCGAUUGUGAAGGACCCAGCCAGGAUGGCCGCCUCCACCGUCCUCUCCUCAUCUAACACGCCUGUCAGCUCCUCCAGCAUGUUGGCAGGAAUCGCCUCCAUGUCAGCCUCCCAGCCGAUGGGCAGCUUGGCCGCCUCCCCCGUCAUCGCCUCUCCGAAUGCGCUGGGCUCGCCCGUCCCUGCGGCCGCCGGAGCUCAGCCCUGACCACCGGGAAGCCACCUCCGGCUUUGAGCACCGCCGAGGCCUCCGCCGUGCCCUCCUCCUCCUCCUCUUCCUCCUCUCCUCUCCUCACCUGCCCGCCUCUGCAUGGCGCUACCGACGCCCGGGGCGGGCAGGAGGACGUCCAGGCGUGGCAGGGCGGAAGGGUCUCGCCCAUGGAUCCCGAAUUCUUUUCUUCGUUUGUUUCUGUUGAGUAUGUGGAGGAGCCCCGUGUCCCGGCCGCUGCCGCUGCUGCUCUCCGCCUCCUGCCCUCGGAGGGGCCCCAAGGCAGACUCUGGUUCCCGGCAGAGGCUUCUUCUCCUCUUGGGGCGGGGGGGGGGGGUUGUGUGGAGUCCCGUCAGCCGCACUCUGGCCAUGGGGGUCGUGGUUAGUGACGCAACUACAGUGUAGACACCUGAACGGAGAAUAAAUUUUAUUUUCUAUGUCCCUAAAAGGGGCAGGUGUUGGGCCCUGCUUCUUCCUGAGCGGGGGACGUUGGGGUCUCCAACCCUGGUCCCUUUGAAGGCUGCUGGACU